AUGAAAGUUAGUUUACAAUUUAAUUUACAAUUCAAAAGAUAUCCAUUAAGGAUGAUAUUAGUAGAUGAUUUUGGUUCAAAUAUUAAUAACGCCAAAUGCCCUUCCGCAGUGAUGUCGCCUACGUUUUUAGAUAUUUCUUUUUACUUUUUUAAAAUGGAGGUUAAAAUUCAAUUAAAACAAUGGAGAAAUGAUCUUCUUCAGUCUCAGCAGUGCAUGGUUUCGCGAUAA